AAGGAUCGACCCUCCCCUCGACAAGCCCGUCGAGUCGAUCCCCUCGUUGCCUGUUCCCACCUUCUCCUCCUCGACGACGAAGACGACGACAGCGGCGACCCGACAGGAGAGGGCGUUCAUUCUCCUCUAACUCCCCCCGACAACAGCGAUUCUCUCUGCCCGGUCGGAGACGAACCUGCUCAUCGGCCUCUUUGGUUCAACUGGGCCAUCGUUCAUCAAGGCCACCAAGAGCCCCGAUCUCUGCCCCUCGCUUGAGUGAUCGUUGUCGACAAAAGGCACGCCUUUGCUGUGCGUUCGCCACAGGACUCUGUCUAUCCUGCCAUUUUCGUCUCUGCCAGUCUCGGUUCCUGUUUGUAUCACGACCUACUUUACGACCGGCUUUCCUAUCCCACCGUCCCUCGACAUCCUCGCAAGCGCAGUUCAGAGUCAGCGGCGGGCACAACCUCCCUCGUUAAUUCUGCGCAACUCGCGACCGGCUUCUACAGCCUCUAAUUCGCAGAUGCCAGUUCCCGUUCCCGUUUACACAAAGCCGCCAGCGCAUCCCGUCAUCAAGAGCAAUCGUGCUCAAGCAGGAGAUCCCAAUCUCGUGCGCUCUUCUGUCUUUCAAUCUUUGACGAACUCGCUCCCGCUGCCCCCGCAGGGGCCUCCCCCGGCGUUCGCGUCGAGGGAAGAGUGGAUCAGCUCUCUCCCCUCUUGGCGGAGAAACAAGCCACGCAGAAUCUGGGAAGAAGACAUUCGUGACUCGAGCAGGCAGGGUUUUCGCGAAGGGUUGGCUGUAGCGGGCAACGCUGCGGCCAGUAAAGGAGCGCCAGCGCAAGCAGGUAUUCCGCCCGUCUCGACUCUGCUCGCCAGUACAGACAACAUCAAUCGCUCAACCGCUCAAGUUAUGUACGAAUCUCUCGAUGAAAACGUGGAUGACGCGAUAAGUUCAGCCGACUCCGUGCUCGGAUGGCACGGUGAAGAUACUGCGCAGUACACUGACGAUGGGGACAUGAGCAUGGAGCUAGUCUCCGACUCUGGUUCUAUCGCGUGUACCACGGGCUCUUCUCGUAGAAUGCACACCGAUGAAGACCUGUACUUCGACAGCUCGUAUCCCGCCAACUACGAGCGUGGCGCUUUCAGUCCCGUAUACGAGGAGUCCUCUCCCGAGCGCGACGUGGGCUCCAGUCCUGUCGGCCCUAACACGCCUUUCGGCGACUACGUCGACCGCGCCGUGGCCUCUCAAGCUGUGCCCACUCACCACGUUUCCGCCGACCCCGCUCCACAGCCGCAGUACGCCUAUACUGAUGACUAUUGUCACGCACAGUGUUACCAAUGUCAGCACUUUGCCUCUGCGGAGCAUGUCAUUCAACAAGCACCUCCGGCUCCCGAGCCUGUUCAGACUCCGACAGCAAGUGCCACGUACAAGAAACUUGCCGAGCCGCUCGCGGACUGGGUCGCCAACUUCGUCUGGAAAGUGUGCACUACUGGUCUGAGCAUGUCUCCGAAGUAUGCCCAACCUGACGCAUACCCCACCAAGCGCUACUCCAGCCAACCUCCGAGCCAUCUCGCCCGCUCGACGCACUCCAUGUUGUUGUCUACGCUUCUGCAACCUUCGGCAGUCUUCCUGGCGAUGUGGUACAUUGUUCGCCUCCCUGUCUUCUUCGGCCCUGUCAACCUUGGGCCUGGCGAUGUUCGGGAAAUGCGCUUCCGUGCCGAAUUGCUUGGCGAGCCGCACAUGCCGCUCGAUCGGGACGCUAUCGAGUCCUUCGUCCCUUUCAGACUCGUCUUGCUCGGCUGUAUGCUGGCAAAUAAGUGGUUAGAUGACCACACCUUCUCCAACAAGACCUGGCACACGAUUUCGAACGUCCCCGUUCGCUCGCUGAAUAAGCUAGAGUCGCUCGCCUUGGACAUCUUCGGGCACGACCUGUCCAUACCUUCUCGGGAGUGGUCCCUGUGGCUGACGAAGAUUCAGAGCUAUCACGCGUCAUUGUCGUCCCCAGCUUUUCCUCAGCCUAUCUCCCGGCCGUCGUCUAGUCCCCAUAACAUCAUACGCAAGGCGAUCGAGGACCUGAUGGACGCCACUGUUGCUGCUGAAGAGCAUCUCGUGAAUGGCACUCCUGAGCCGGUUUUCUUCAGUCUUGAAGGGCUAAGGAAUGAAACCUCUGACUCGCGAGCCAGCGAGGAAGACCUCGAUGUUCUUGAGAUCGAUCUGGAUGAAGACGGUCCCCUUAGGGAGGAGUACCUCCCAAAGCGCCGCACCAGUGGCGCUGGUAGCUCUCGCCCUGCUCGUCUCCAGGAGAGGUCUUUGGACAUCGACAAGAAUCUGCCGCCUCCUGCGAAAUGGAGCCCCGCUGCGGAUGAGCCCAUCUUCCGAUACAAUGCUCGUCCUCAGCAAUACGUGGCACCGCAGCCGAUCUCACAGGGCCAUCUCAUCCCUGCGCCUGCUCCACCGCCGGCUCCUUUCCACCAGGCUCUGGACAUGAGCCGUAGGAUCUGGCCUGUGGACGAGCAGAUCGCGAGGCAGCCAUACGCGGCACCGCCUCCGCCUCUGCCCGUGUUUACUGCGCCGCAUGCUGCGUACCCUGCUUACGACUACAGGUACGCUCAGCCAGUCCCGCCGCCCCCGCAUUCUCGCGCGCAGUCUCUGUCCUUCAACAACGUUACCGGACAGCCGCAGGGACAUUACCGCUCCUACUCUCAGGUCCGCUACGACAACGACAUGGCAUACCCUCAAUCGCGUCACCCCGUACCCCCGGCUCGAUGGCCUGCGCCGUUUAGUCGGGCCGUCUUCCCGCCACUUCAUGAUUCCUAUCUGUAUGAUUAUCGCUCGCGGCCCUUGGUCAAGGUGUAGGAUGAAGCACCUGCAUUAGAUUGCAUUUCGAGAGGCAUAGAAAGCCGCCUUGCGGCUCCUCCUGAUGAGGAGGUUCGGUCGCAUUUGUCCUUCCCUCUCACUUAUCGUACUUCCGCAGCUACAUAACCAAUACCUCAAAUUCUCCGACAUGGAUGCCCCCGGCGCUUGCGCGAGGCCCGUCCAAUCUUCAUUCUCUACAUCAUGCAGCUGCUCUAAAUCCUCGCAUCGGUUCCGUUUUCCGGGGUUUUCUCAAGUUUCGUCUCGUCGCCUCUUAUCCAUCCAUCGACACGGUCUCAUUUUUCCGUAUCCAUUCUGGGCAUCCCCGUUAUCCACGACAUAUCCAUCCUGUCUUCGGGAUCGCCAGCACGAGAAUUUGCCGCUUUUGCAGCGACACGCAUCGUAUCUAUUGCUUAGUGCAUCGACAUCGCCGCCAUCCGUUAUUCACUCCUCUGGAGGCACAAGCAGGAUCUACCACAGAACCGAUCUUCCUCAAGGCAGUCGUACAAGAUAUCUGCCCAUUACUGCUGGGUUGACAGCACGCUCUCCGUCGCAUGACUAGCUACGCAUGUGCGCGUACACUGGGCCCGUCGAUAUCAUAUCCGCUUCUUCCGUUGCUAGGAGAUUUUCGCUGUGUACAGAUUUCCGUGCCUUACCUUUGGGACGCUUUUCAAGCUACACUAAUGUCGUUCACGCCUUCAGCUUCGCUGUUCAAGAUUCCCUUCACUGGUAGUCCACGUUUUCGUCCCCUUUCCGUCUGUUCGUUGUAUUUUUUCUUACAUCGCCUCAUCCUCGACAAAGACAAAACCACAAAAACAACGGAAAAAGGUCACGAAAACCCCACACUACAGUUUUCAUGUUUCCUUUCGCUCUUACCGUUUCUGAAUGUUUUUGGUUGUAUCGUCUAUCCAGUCCCCUCCCACAUCCACACGUACCCGCCUGUCCCUGGCAUAUCCCUUUAUUCCGCCUUGCUUCCUGAGAAGCUCCUAUGAUCCCCUUUCUUCACGUAGUUAUCCUGCACUUUGUCCCCGUUGUAGAUAGCUAUGUGAAUCGAUU